AUGGGAACCCUGAAUGGUAGAACCCCUUCUACCGUCUUGGAUAGCCUCUACGGUGUGCAGCUUGGCCGUCUAUCGCAGCCGGCACAAAGUGAGGAUGAAGCUCUCCGAACCACCCUUGUAGUAGAGUCAUCAACUUGUGAACACCACAAGGGUGGUAGUGGUACAACACAACAAAGAUUGCUGAUCCGAAGACAAUGGCAGCAGAUACCCUCUUGCUUGAAACCCAUCCACUGCACCAUUACAUGUGACAAGCAUGCUGGUGAGACUAUUGCGAAUGUCGUCACCUCUCUGCCCUUCAUUGUUCUUGGACUGCAGACUCUAAGGAAGAACUUGAACACCGCUAUCUACGCGAAUUCCCUGGUUGGGGUGGGAAUAGCUUCGAGUUUGUAUCAUUCUUCCAAAGGAGAGAUCAGAAAGUUUCUGCGUUGGGCCGACUACACUAUGAUGGCUACCACCACACUCUGUUUGUCGAGAGCACUUAGCAAUGAGAACCCAAGAUUACUAAUGGCAGCAUAA